CUCAUCUUUACGUUCUUGGCAUCACAGAGCUAGAUACGUUGUACCGACUAUCCGCGUACCCGCGCGUGAAAGUAUCUAAAAGCCAUGUGCCUAUGGAGGAGAGUGUAUUUUAGCUGUCGACACGAAGAUGCCAACGUCACGCCACCGCGGCCUGUAAAGCCCUGCCCGUGGGCCAUUCUCAGAGGAUCCCUAGCGUUUCCGGUCUAUUGUCCCGCAGAGAAGCGAGGGUUAUCAGUCCGCUUCAACUUUCAAGACGCUGUAAUACGCGACCGACCAUGUAUUCCUUGCCAAGAGAUGCAACUGAAGCGGCGGCUUGACGAGGAGUGGCACGCGUUCAGCCGUGAGUUCCUAUGGAAGUCGUCGGAGAAAGAGAUGGUAUGUUACGUGACGAGUCGCCAGGAAAUGUUUACGAACAACCACUUUGAAUUCUGGGAAGAAUUACAGGCGCUUUUCAUUGACAAAUGCAAGUACGAGAUGCGAGACAAGCCGUAUAUGUAUGGAGAGGAAUACAUGGAAGAGCCGAAAGAAGAGGAUAUGUGGGCGGGAAACUCUAGGAGUUGAUGUAAAGUACUGCAAGGAAGCAGACUGUCUUGUAUAUCAAGUCAAUGAAUCGCACGCGACGUCAAAGAUACAUCCUGGGUACUUGUAAAGGGGCAAGGAAAAAGGA